GCUCAUUAUAUUUGAGUCUGGUCUAGCUGCAUCCGCUUCACAGAUCGUUCUGUGGAAAUGAAAAACAACCAACUUUGAGAUUGGUAGUACAAUCUUGUGCGGUUAUCCCCUGAGCAAGCACUUGGUCCUCGCCCCUUUCAUGUACAACAUAACGGUGUGCCCCACCAUAAGACGUGAAAAUUAGUUUCCAUAUUGUCAUGCUCUGGCCAUAAAGAGGAUGAAGAAGCCGUCCAACACAGGACGCAUCCGAACGCGACGACCACGUUGAAAAAUUCUAGAAUAAGACUUUCUCUCCCCGCAAAAUUAAACAGGUUUUCACAAGCACGCUGAAGCAACAGGAGACUUGAAAUAUCCAUUCUGUCAGAAGCAGUGUUUCAUCUCCAGGGAACCGAGAAAAACAUUUUGAUAGUCAACUGCUUGAUUAGACCGCUAUUUGUCUCCUCGAUUACGUCAGCAAGCAAAGAAAAUGGAUCUCCCAUCUAUCAUGGAUCGAAGCGGGCUCUUGCCUCGUUGCUAUCUCUCAAGCGUCGCUCACGAUAAGCGCGUUGGCAGUCGACCAGAUGGUGGUGCCCUCUUCAGCACCGACAACCACCUAGGCUGGGAAGUGUGGGAAAUUCAGAAGUCACCCCACGGCGGUGUAUUUUUGAAUUCGGAUGUUAGGUCACAAACUACUUGGAGUUUUCAGUGGAUACUUCGCUUGAAUAUGUAGUUGAUGAUCCAUUCUUGCGUCGUUUACGGAAUGGGUACACGUCUGAAAGUGUAUCUUUGAUACCUCCAGAACAGGUAAAUGAAUGAAAUGAAUGAAUAUGAAUACCUUGUUAAAUAUAUCUCGUCUAAAUCAUCUCACGGCACACGCCUGGCGUGCGAUGCGAACGGACAUGUGUACACAAUUGGGAAGGACCAUGCUGGAACCUGGGAAACCUGGGAGGUGAAGGAGUCGCCCCAUGGCGGAAUCUUUCUCACGAAUGUUAUGAGUUUUGUUGGACUAAGUGCAAUAGAAAUAUAGUUCUGGUGUACCUCAUUGUUUAUCAGAAGUAGUAGAGGAGGAUAGAAAUAAUCUACUAGUACGUCGAUACACCAAACCUGCUCUACUACCUAGAGGUGUACUUGUAGUUGUAACGAUAAUUCAAGAUAUUAUUUAGUAUUCAGUGUAAUACAGAUCCAACAGGAGCAAGCUAGAUUAGCGGGUAGCAAUCGUCGGGGAAAUCUUUGGCAACUUGCGGAAUAGAUUCGCGGCGUCAAGUGUAACAAAGAGCGCGCUUCUAAUCCUUUCCCGCACAAGAAGCGUUUAGCCUGCGACCAGGAUGGGCAUAUUUACGUGGUGUCCGAAGAGCAAAGUGGAACCUGGGAAAGCUGGAUCAUGAGGGAUUGCUUGCCUACGAUCUUUCUCUCCUCGCAACCACAUGAUAUGCGUUUGUCUAGCAACCCGUUCUGCGGCCUCUUCACAACCCAAAAUCGCUUAGCAUGGGAACGUUGGGUGCUAGAGCCCUCUCCAAAUGGCGGCUUCUUCCUUCAUUCUUCCGCUCACAACAAGCGCUUGGCUCUGAAUACAGAAGGACAUUUAUAUACGAUCGGUGGAAACGACCACAAAGGUACGUGGGAAGCUUGGAAAAUCACUGAGUCUCCUCAUAACGAACACGGAGCCGCUUACUUCAUCGACAGCAUCGGACACCAAGGAAAGCGUCUGGCUUGCGACGAGCAAGGCCAUUUGUAUGUGGUGGAUGCUGAGUAUCAUGCUGGCACAUGGGAAUCCUGGGUGUUCGAACGAAGCCAGCACUGUGAUGUUGUUGAAAUUAAGGACAGCGUGGGACCAUCUUUUUCACCAUCUCUUAGCCGUUUUUGAUUUGAGAAGGGCUAGAAGCUGUUCCAAAGAAUGGGCUUGUGCUGCCUCUAAUGAAACCUCUGGUCUUUGGACGCAAAUCGGACUCGGGGUUUUGGGCGCCGCGACACUCGGAGUCCUAGCGCCCUUUGCAGUUAUGGGCGUCGUUGGUGCACUGGGAUUCACGGCAAGCGGGAUCGCGGGAGGCAGUGCAGCUGCGGCGAUGAUGUCGGCUGAGGCAAUCGCUACUGGUGGAGGCAUUGCGGCAGGUGGAGCGGUGGCGACAUUGCAGGCUAUUGGUGCAUCUGGUCUUGGGAUUGCAGGCACAACUGCUGCUGUCUUGUCGGGAGCAGCGAUCGGUGGUGCUGCAGGUGUGAAUUGUGGAAUGCCGGACGACGACUGAGCGACUUCGUUCAAUCCGAAAAUUACAGAAGAAGAAGAAGAAGAAGACAGGCGAAGCAGCUGGUAUGACAUGAACGACGAAGUGAAAAUGCUACGCUGCCAAUUGAUUGAAAGGGUGGCAGCAUAUAGUCCUAACGCAAAAAAAAAAAAAAUCUACGGUGAUCAUGAAGGAUCAUAACAGAGAUGCACACAUGACAUGAAGAUGCUACGCUCUCCCCAUUAAAAGUGCUGGUGAUUAUAGCAUUACAGGUUAUUGAGAUUUUGGUUUCUUCGUUCGCAGGCCCUCAUUCCAAGAGUUUCGUGAUACCUUAUUUUAAUAUACGACGAUCUGCUGCAGCACCAGAUAUGGUCUCUUUUGAGACCCUCAUUCCUACAUUUUUCAAAAUCUAUUUUGGUAAGAAUCCUAAAGCACUUGUACUACCAAGUCUCAUUUCUCAUCUGUUGUACAAGACGUAAAUGAUGAAAAAUUUUCGAGAUAUGUUCAUGGUAACUUCGCUGCGGAAAAAAAUGUUGUGCCCUUUCCGCAGGAAAGAAAAUGUCAUACAGCGCAAAGAAAUAUGCUUGCGGCACAGAUUGGAC